AUGAAUUUUGACGAAAUUCUCAGUCUUAUCGGAGGCUUUGGGAAGUUCCAGAAAAUCUUGUAUAUAUGGAUCUGUUUACCUCAGAUCUUUCUGGCAUUCCACAUGCUAAUCUCUGUGUUCACUGGGGCUGUUCCUCCUCAUUUAUGCCACUCCACAAGGCCCUCAGCAGACGCUGCGUCCUCCUCAAACUUCAACUUUAGCCUUCUGUCUGACCCCGGCCGCUGGCGUGAGCUGUCCUGCACGACCUCCUUGAACCACAGCCGUGCUGUAGCCGUUGGCGAUGGGCACCCCUCUGGGAGCUGCCAGGGGGGCUGGGAGUACAGCACAGAGAACUUCCAAAGCACCAUAGUAACUGAGUGGGACCUGGUUUGUGAGAAUGCAAACCUGAACAACUUGGGCUCUUCUAUCUACAUGUUUGGCCUCCUUGUCGGGGCUGUUGUGUUUGGGAGCUUAGCUGAUAAGUACGGUCGCAGGAUCAUCAUCCUUAUUAGUCUGACUAUCCAGACAGUCUUUGGGGUCGGUACCGCUUUCGCCCCCAAUUUCUACAUCUACAUAGCUCUCCGCUUCAUGGUCGGAACAUCCAUCUCUGGUGUCAUCAUGAACGCCUUUGUUCUGGGCACAGAGUGGACAGGGUCUAAGCAGCGGAUGCUAGCUGGGAUCAUCACAGACUACUUCUUUGGCUUUGGCUACAUUCUGCUGGCCGGUGUGGCGUACCUCAUAAGAGACUGGCGUAAACUGCAGCUGGCUAUCUCAGCCCCUGGUUUCGUCUUCAUCUUCUACAUCUGGGUGUUGCCAAAGUCGGCACGCUGGCUGAUGGCCAAUGACAGGAAGGAGGAAGCGUGGGAACUGAUCCGGAAAGCGGCAGAGAUGAAUGGGAAGCCCCUCACCAAAGAUGUGGAGAUGUGUGAGGUCUAUAAAAUUGAAGAGAAGACCAAAGUGAAGAGAAAACACUCAGUCAUAGACCUCAUUCGAACCCCAAACAUGAGGAAGCAGUCUCUGAUUGUGUUUUAUCUGUGGUUUGUCAAUGUGCUCGUGUACUACGGCCUGUCGCUCAACAUCUCCGACUUUGGAAUGAACAUCUAUCUGACGCAGAUGAUCUUUGGCCUGGUGGAGAUGCCCGCACGCACCAUCACCCUGUUCACACUCAACCGCUCCCGCAAAUUCUCCCAGCUAGCUUUCCUGGCAGUGGGCGGCAUGGCCUGCCUGAUGACAAUCUUCAUCCCCAAAGAACUGUCUGUCAUCAAAACAGUCCUGGCCAUGAUUGGGAAGUUUGGCAUCACAGCCUCUUUGUCUAUAAUUUACGUCUACUCAGCUGAGGUGUUCCCUACUGUUAUCAGACAAAAUGGAAUCGGCCUAGGAUCCAUGUGUGCUCGGACCGGGGGUGUCCUGGCUCCAAUGAUGUACCUCUUGAGGGGCAUCAGUCCGCAGGCUCCCAUGAUUCUGUGCGGUGUUUGCCCCCUGCUAGGCUCUGCCCUCACCCUGCUGCUGCCUGAGACGGCCAAUAAGCCUCUGCCUGACACCAUUGAAGACGUGGAGGGAUCCAGCCUCAGUGAGGAGGAGGACAGUGUGCAGCCAGUUUUCUUUGACACUUCUCUGAGGAACACAGACGUGGUCGGCAGCACCAGGAUGGACUGUUGA